AUGGACGCGCCCGGGUCCUACGCGGCCCACGGCGCGGACGCGCGGACGCUGCAACAUAAGCUGCAGCCGGGGGACACGUGCCUUGGCGGUGACAAGAUGGAGGACCCCGUGACAAAGUCUUACAUCGCUGUCUACAUCGACCCGCUGCUUCUUGGACCCGCGACAGAGGGUCAGCUGUGCGCAAGUAGGCUGCUCGGCCGCAGGGAGUCAGGAACAGCGCGGCCACUUGUCUUUGCCAACUCAGAGGGCAUCAAGCUCUGGGUGUUGGGGGCCCUUGCGUCGGUGCUCCCGGCCUCCAAAAGCUUGCUGGAGUUGCAGCUGGCGAUGCAACGCCGCUGCCCCGCCCCAGUGCCCAACCUGUUGGCCGCGACGGUGCUCACGCUGCUGGCGCUGGUGGCACUGCUGUGCGCCGAGGCAGCCUGGAGUUGGCGGAAGGAAGAUGAGGAGUUGGAGCAGAAGGCGGCCAAGUCGGAUUUGAUCCACAUCAAGCCGGCUUUUCAAAGCUUCAAGAGUGGCAUUGGCUGGCUGCUUGGCUUUGUGACAUCCUUGUCCGCCUUGCAGACUGGAGCUUUGCUGGUCGUGGAGAAGUCCUGCGAUGUGGAAGCUGCAGUUUGGCUUGUGGCGGCUAUGCCGGCAUUCUUGGCGCUGGCAGCUGCCGUGCAUUUCACCUCUUUGCUUUGCAAGCAGCAGCUAGUGCACGCGUACCUUCAACAUGGGCAAAUGCUUGUCGAUUUGCCUGCAACCAUCUAUCUUGACAAGCUUCUCUUCCUUGGCCUUAUCGUCUACGGCUUGCUGGUCGUCUUCUCGCUGGGCUUGGCUCUGGCGGCCCUAGCUGUCCCAGCACUUGCCGGGCCUUGCUGGGCCUUGCUGCAGUCUAUUAAUGCGAGCCGUGACAUUGAGAAAAUGCAGCACCUCGUGCUGACGGAUCUUGGCAAACUGGGCCAAGGAUCCCACCAAAUUCAGAUGUUGCCGUGGGUCUCCAUGCUGGACGCAGCUCGAGGUGGACGUUCAGAUCUUGGAGACACUAUGACAUCUGAUGCGAAGCCGCGUCCUUUCAGGCCAGGUGGCAUCACUUGGCAUCGGCACCACCUCCGGCGCCUGACUGGAUCUUCAAGUGGCUUUUUGGUGAUCCCGGGCUUCUUUGGCGUCCUUGCCACGUCGUGGAUCAUCUCGGCAGUCCACAUGGCAAGCUACGCCUGUGCCAAAGGCGAACUGACACAUCUGCGGCUGGCAAGCUCGGACGCAGUGGUCUUUCAGCCCUGGCAGCCAAAGUACAACGCGGCCAUGGAUGUGUCUUUCCAGCAGGUGGCCGUGCAGGCCAUGUCUGCGCCACCCAGCACCAGAAGAAUCUCUUUCACGCAGCCUAUGAAGCCUUCAGAAGCGACCGGGACGGUCACCAGCUACAGCAUCGUGCAGUCGUUCAGCGCCCCCACCGAAGAGAUCCAACUCUCACAUCGCAUGGUGCCACGAGUUGCGACCAUCACGGUCGAGGGCCUACGCUCCUCCUUACCCACCACUCGCUAUGAGAUUCGCUUCUCACCGCUGGUCACCCUCCCCGUUCUCCUACAGCUUACUGCGCCCAAUUUCGCCAAGAAAGUGGCGUGGUCCACUCUGCCAGGAUCCAUUCUGAGUGUUCCAGCAGGCCUCGAGGAGCUGCAAAUCGCAGUCUUCCUUGCGGACUUCGUGGUGGGCGUCCCGGAAGCUGAUCCGAAGAAUGUCCCGGCAGAGACGCUUCUGUGGACAGGUUUUGAGGCCAAGACCAACCAGAGUUGCGCGGACAGCUGCCGCCGCCACCCAAACUGCUUAACAUCCUACGAUGGCCAUGACGCCGGCUGCUUCUUUGCAUUCGGAAAUCGCAGCAGCUUGGAAAAUGGCACGGGCCCGCCCUUCAGACCAGCGCACGGCAGGAGCGUCAGAGGAUGGAUGCAGGGGUGCCGUGCGGCAGAGCCCAGUCAAGACCACUGCGCAGUGCCGGCCGAGGCCCAAGACAGCCUGAAGUUCAACGGUUUCUUGCCAGAUUGGAGGUCUAUGAGUGCAUCUCUCGUCUUCGAGCUUCACAUCGAAGCUGGGGAGCAGGAACAUGAUGCAGAGGUCACUACCAUUGAACUCCAGCAGGGGCCGCCAAUUCCCAUUGAUGUCAUUGGAGUUUUGGUUGGGGACAAGGAAGGCGGAAGCGCAAUAUUGCUGAAGAGCAAUGCAUUUGUGGACACUGACCGGAAGAUCACUGUGGAAGUCUCCGAAUACCAACCGCUUGAGUUGAAGAACCUCAGACUCUUGCUGUUGCCUAUACUUCCCGAUCAUGACUUUGAGGUUCAUUGGGGUUCCUUGGCGCCAGCAGCAGCAGAAGACCAGAAGUACUUCGAGAACAGCGCGAAAUGCCGCAGCCCCUUGCUGCGAUCCCGCUACAAGGUGUGCGGCGCCCCGCUUCACGGCCAGCUGGAUGACCAGCCCCGCAAAUUUGAGCUGAAUCCGCUAACUGGGCAACCGGAGCAAGCCAUGACCUUUGAGGUUUGGCCAAAAAGUCCCGGCGGUUGGGACUUGAAUUCUGCCCCGCACAAGGUCGACAUCCGUUUUGUUGGUGUCGACAGCCCCAUUGCCUGGGCUGCGCGACGAGAGGGUUGCUCCACUUUGGAGAAUGUGUCUGCUGCGGUCGCCGCAUCGGCGGAUGCAGCAUGCCACCUCCUCCGGAACUACACAGAUCCCUGCCGUCCCCUUUGCCAGUUGAUGGACAAGCAGAGUUUCGGAGGCCAGUGGCAGAGUGGCAACUUUCUAGCCCCGCUGUUGAGCGAAAGGGGCUUGGCGCAGGCCAUGUCAUGCCACCUCGAGGCUUGCAGGGAAAAUUACACAUGGAGUUUCAGAGAUGGCAUUUUUUUUCUGGUGGGACACAGCGCGCGAGCAUCAUCCAAAGCCAUCCUCGAGGUGGCCUCCAAGCCAGGCGGGCUGGAGUUUGUCAAGAACCUACACCAGGGCUUCAAGGCAGAGGCGGAGGAGGGCGAGAAGGCAAAGAGGACAUAUGAGGAGGUGCUGCGGAGCUUUGCAACGGAAGUUUGGACCAUCCCUUUUGAUGCUGCGACCGUCGAAGCUUUGGCUAGCUUUUCAGAAACUAUGCCAAAGUUGUUGUUGAAGUAUUGGGUCACUUCGCGUGGCGCUCUGCCGGAGAAUGUCACGGAGUUCCGCACUCUGCAGGCGGCCUUCGACCCCGUGACGGACCUGCGCUUGAGCCUGACCGACCCAGCGCAGCUGGAGCGGGUGGCCGCCGCAGUGCCGUUGGCCCGGAAGCUGAAAACAUUGAAGCUCAACUGCCCUGGUGCCUGGCCUUUGCCGUGGCCCAACUGGUGCGGCGGGGAGCGGCUCGAGGUGCUUGACAUGGUCAACUUCAAUUUGCGACGGGCCUUCGAGGCGCCGAGGCAAGGCCACUGCCAAGGAGGGCUCGCUCACGGCCUCACCAACCUGGAAAGAUUAGACCUCGACAACAAUCAGACCCAAACGUUGCCCAAGGAGGUCUUCCAGCACCUCACCAAGCUGAAAGCGUUGCGGCUGAGCCACAAUCAGAUCCAAACGUUGCCCAAGGAGGUCUUCCAGCACCUCACCAACCUGGAAACGCUGCGCCUGAGCCACAAUCAGAUCCAAACGUUGCCCAAGGAGGUCUUCCAGAACCUCACCAACCUGGAAACGUUGGACCUGAGCAACAAUCAGAUCCAAACGUUGCCCAAAAAGGUCUUCCAGCACCUCACCAAGCUGAAAGCGUUGUACCUGAUCAACAAUCAGAUCCAAACGUUGCCCAAGGAGGUCUUCCAGCACCUCACCAAGCUGGAGAAGUUGGACCUGGAGAAUAAUCAGAUCAAGACAUUGCCCAAGGAGGUCUUCCAGAACCUCACCAACCUGGAAACGUUGGACCUGAGCAACAAUCAGAUCCAAACGUUGCCCAAGGAGGUCUUCCAGCACCUCACCAAGCUGAAAGCGUUGCAGCUGAGCCACAAUCAGAUCCAAACGUUGCCCAAGGAGGUCUUCCAGAACCUCACCAACCUGGAAACGUUGGACCUGAGCAACAAUCAGAUCCAAACGUUGCCCAAAAAGGUCUUCCAGCACCUCACCAAGCUGAAAGCGUUGUACCUGAUCAACAAUCAGAUCCAAACGUUGCCCAAGGAGGUCUUCCAGCACCUCACCAAGCUGGAGAAGUUGGACCUGGAGAAUAAUCAGAUCAAGACAUUGCCCAAGGAGGUCUUCCAGAACCUCACCAACCUGGAAACGUUGGACCUGAGCAACAAUCAGAUCCAAACGUUGCCCAAGGAGGUCUUCCAGCACCUCACCAAGCUGAAAGCGUUGCAGCUGAGCCACAAUCAGAUCCAAACGUUGCCCAAGGAGGUCUUCCAGCACCUCACCAAGCUGAAAGCGUUGCAGCUGAGCCACAAUCAGAUCCAAACGUUGCCCAAGGAGGUCUUCCAGAACCUCACCAACCUGGAAACGCUGCGCCUGAGCCACAAUCAGAUCCAAACGUUGCCCAAGGAGGUCUUCCAGCACCUCACCAAGCUGAAAGCGUUGUACCUGAGCAACAAUCAGAUCCAAACGUUGUCCAAGGAGGAGGUCUUCCAGCACCUCACCAACCUGCAAACGUUGCACCUGAGCAACAAUCAGAUCCAAACGUUGCCCAAGGAGGAGGUCUUCCAGCACCUCACCAAGCUGGAAUCGUUGUACCUGAGCAACAAUCAGAUCCAAACGUUGCCCAAGGAGGUCUUCCAGCACCUCACCAAGCUGGAAUCGUUGUACCUGAGCAACAAUCAGAUCCAAACGUUGCCCAAGGAGGAGGUCUUCCAGCACCUCACCAAGCUGGAAUCGUUGUACCUGAGCAACAAUCAGAUCCAAACGUUGCCCAAGGAGGUCUUCCAGCACCUCACCAAGCUGGAAUCGUUGUACCUGAGCAACAAUCAGAUCCAAACGUUGCCCAAGGAGGUCUUCCAGCACCUCACCAAGCUGGAAUCGUUGUACCUGAGCAACAAUCAGAUCCAAACGUUGCCCAAGGAGGUCUUCCAGCACCUCACCAAGCUGAAGACGUUGGACCUGGAGAAAAAUCAGAUCCAGGCGCUGCCCAAGGAGAUCUUCAACAACCUCAAAAGCCUGAAAAAGUUGGAUCUCGAGAGGAAUCAGCCAGGUCUGGAGAGACCCGCUGUCUGCGAGAAAUCGGAAGGUCUUUGCGUUGGGCCGUAGAUAGGCCGGCCUGGCAAAGGCGCUUUAGGAGCUUUUGGAGUCUGC